UUCUCGUCUUGUUCUCCCAUGUACAGGUUCAUCUGAAGGCAUCAACCAGCCUCUAGAUGCCAUGAACUCAGACGAACAUGACGAAGUUAUCGGAGAUGUCCAUGUCUGUGGCAACUGCCGUGGGGAGUUUGUUGUCUUUGCCGACUUUGUAAAGCAUAAGCAGAACUGUAUCAAGAAGCAGGUCGUGAUGAUCUUCAAUGAAGGGCAGGAGCAGAUGGAAGAUUCUAGCAGGAUGUCUGAGAAAGACCAGGACACUGCCUCUGAUCGUUCCAUGACCCCUGAUAGCAGGAAAUCUGUUGAACCAAACUAUGUCUCUGAAGGAAAAGCUCAGCAGCAGGAUGAACAACCUGGCAGGUCUUCAGAUCAAAGCCCAAACCCAAGUCUCCCACCUUCAAAUGUUUCCUUGGACAACCUUGAAAACACUCCAUAUGCUGUGGCACAGUUUCCUCGAGAAUCUGCCAUGGUUCCUGGGCACACUGAUGUAGUGAUGAUACGAGAACAGCUGUAUGCCCUUCAACAGCAGCAUCUUCACCAACUUCAUAUGAUCCAGAGCAUCCAGCAUCAGAUCAACCACUUAACUGCCCAGCAACAAAGGCAGCAGAUUCAGCACCAACAACUUCAACAGCUUCAGCAACAAAAUCAACCGAAGCAAGAACCAAAAGAUUCCUCAGGGAGUCAGGAAUCGCCAGAACUUGAUGAACAGCUUUUAGAAAGCAAAACUGAACCAGCCCCCAGUUCUGACACAAACACUGCUACCACAUUUAGCAUUCCAUCCACACCCAUUGUACCAAUCCCUACCAUACCUGGUAUGAUUCAUCCACCACAUAUAUUAUCUCCUGCAGGAGCUGCAGCAGCAUCAGCUGUGCAACAAUCUGCUAUAGAGGCCAUGCAUGCUCAAGGAAGGUUGCUGCCACCUCUACCACCACCAUUCCAUCUGCCUAGCCAGAAGUCCCCUUUUGAGAUGCUUCAACAGCAUGCCAACCGACAUAUGCCACUCAACCCUCUUGGAAUUCCGCCACCACUCCCUUAUCAUGAGAGUUUGCUUUCUGGUAACCAAAAACCGAAGCCCCCCAAUGUCUCAGUUUUUGACCCCAAAUUCAGUGCUGAUGAUCCCUUCUUCCGUCACAAAUGCAGAUUCUGUCACAAAGUAUUUGGAAGUGACAGUGCCCUCCAGAUCCACAUUCGCUCCCACACCGGUGAACGACCAUAUAAGUGCAACAUCUGCGGGAACCGAUUUUCUACCAAGGGUAACCUGAAGGUACAUUUCCAGCGCCACCAGUCUAGGUACCCGCACAUCCAUAUGGAUAUCAGACACCAUCCACCAACACCACCUCUUAUGGACCAGCCUCUCCAACCACCUUCAAUCCACCAGAUUCCCAUUUCCACCAUUCCAAAUGACCAAGCCAGAGCUAUGUAUGAAGAAGACAUGUUAAUUCAUCAACCAUCCAAGAGCACCUCCCCGAGAGAAUCUGAAGGAAGUAUGGCAGACAGCUCUCGGCAUUAUCAGGAGGAAGAGAUGAAGCAGUACAACAGCACUGACAGGAAUGGUGAUGAUGAUCAUGACAGUCCAUCAACAAGUCAGUCUGGAAGUUUAUCCCCAAAUGAAAGGAGGCAAAUUACAUCCACCUCUCCUUCCAUUGCCCUGUCCUCCAAUGUCUUCCCUGUCAUGUCUGCAGGUGGUAUUCCGAUGUCUUCUGGAUAUCCCCUACCAUAUACUGGUUUUCCGAGAAUGGCAUUUGGCCAGAACGGUACUGUGCCAUUUGAGUCUUCCAAAAGUGCUGCAGACGUAGACCCAGUCAAACCUGAAACACCUCCAUCAUUGGCUAACCUUGCCGAGGCUGGUAUGCGGGCAUCUGAAACAUCCAAACUCCAGCAAUUAGUGGAGAACAUCGAGCAGAAAAUAACUGACCCAAACCAAUGUGUCAUCUGUCACCGGGUUCUGAGUUGCAAGAGCUCUCUCCAGCUUCACUAUCGCACACAUACCGGUGAACGCCCCUUCAGAUGUAAAAUCUGUGGUCGUUCAUUUACUACCAAAGGGAACCUCAAGACACAUUAUGCUGUCCAUAGAAGUAAAGGACCAAUUAGAAUUCUCCAUGACUGUCCCAUCUGUGAGAAGCGCUUCAGCAACCCACUUGUGCUACAACAGCAUUUGCGCCUUCAUGCAGCAGAAGGGAUGACAAUACCUCCACAUCUGGAUCAUCCAAGGUCUGAAGAAAUGCACAUGAAGGAUGAUGAAGAUGAUAUAGAAAAGACAGUUGGUGAAGACAACCACAUGGAUGUGGAUGAGCGUAAUGACCUUCCAACACCUGAGGAAGGAGAACUCCCAGAUGAUACAUUUCCUGAAGGUGACAAGCCUGAAGAUGGUACCCUCCCAUCAGAUGUCAAUUCGCCACCAGCAGAAAACCAUGCAUCUGAAAGUCGGGCAUCUGAUGACGAAAAAGAGACAGGUCAGGUCCAAUGCAGACCUUUCAUGCCAAGUAUCCUUGGAUUGCAGCCUGUAAGUUCCAUGGCAAAUGGAGAUUCCUCUACUGCUCCAAGCCCUGGACACAGUGUUGAUACAAAAUCAAUGAUGUCUGAAGAUGAAAAUCGAAAUAUCAAUAUGGCCAUGUAUAACCAUGAUGGACGUGAAUCUAUCUCAUCUAGCAUGGCUGAUGAAGAAUAUGAUGGGAACUAUAAACAUGAGGAGAACGAUACUGAUAUGAGCGGAGCACUUGAUUUAAGACCAAAGGGAACUCCUCAGGAAAACAUUCCUCCACAUUCUAGAGAUACUGGUGAUUUGCCAGGCUACUACCAACAUGAUGGUCAUUAUCUUGAAGAUGUAAAGCCAAAUAUGACAUCUGCUGGCCUGCUGAUGAGUGUCCCUAGCAUGCAACUUGGAGGCAGAAGGCCUAUGAGACCAAACACAACCUGCCACUACUGCGGAAAGGUGUUUGCAUGUACCAGUGCACUGAAUAUCCACUAUCGCAGCCACACCAAGGAGCGUCCAUUCCGCUGUGAUGUCUGCAGCAAGGGGUUCUCAACCAAAGGUAACCUCAAGCAGCACAUGCUUACACACAAAAUCAGAGAUAUGCCCAUGCCUAGAUAUGAUUCACCGAUUAACAUCCCUGGAAACUCCAAUGCCAAAUCUCCUGUCAUGCCAAAAAUAAUUAGCCAGGAACUCCCUCUACAGCAGACAACCACUACCAACUCCCAAACCCCACCCCUGAAGCGCAGCUUGAGUGUCUCUCCAGAAGAAGCCAACAAGCGCAGUCAAUUCAGGCACUCUUGCUCUGUCUGUGGGAAACAGUUCCAGACCAACAGUGCCCUGGAAAUUCAUAUGCGCACCCAUACAGGAGAGAAACCAUUCCGUUGCCACAUCUGCAGCCGAGCCUUCACCACCAAAGGCAACCUUAAGGUUCAUCUUGGCACCCAUAUGUGGAAUGGAGGUGGACGACGGGGACGGCGCAUCGCUGUUGAACCUCCAUUCAUUGUCAGCCCCAAAGAAGGAGAGAUCUUCCGUGGGGAUCUCUUUGGCAUGCACCCAGGUUUCGCAGAGGGUGCUUUUUACCACUACCCUCCUCCUCAUCUUCUGAAUGGCUUUGCCGCAGCAGCUGCAAACUCAAAGGCCAAUGAGAUCUCAGUCAUUCAGCAGCCCACUAGCCUCCAUCUUCAAGAUUCUGGGUCAGUCAUCAUGAGGAACAGCUUGGCUCCAUCUGCAGAGAGCAGGGAGGCAGCAUACAGCCGAGAAGCAGAGCGCCACCGUGAAAUGGUCCUGAGCAGAGAUGAGGCACUCAACCAUGAGAUUGCUCUUAACAGAGAAGAAGCUCUCGCCCGUGAAAUUGCAAUGAACCGAGAGGAGGCAUUUUCUCGCGAGCUGGCCCAUAGCAGGGAAGAGGCGCUAUCUCGUGAGAGGGCCCAUAGCAGGGAAGAGGUGCUAUCUCGUGAGAGGGCCCAUAGCAGGGAAGAGGUCCUAUCUCUUGAGAGGGCCCAUAGUAGAGAAGAAGCUCGCGAAAUGGCCCAUACCAGGGAAGAGGUGCUCUCUCGUGACAGGGAAGAAGCUCUCUCUCGUGAGAUGGCCCUUAGCAGGGAGGAAGCUCUCUCUCGUGAGAUGGCCCUCAGCAGGGAAGAGGCUCUUUCGCGUGAAAUGACAAUUAAAAGAGAAGAGGCUCUCAACCGUGAAAUCGCUCUGAAUAGAGAAGAAGCCUUCUCCAGGGAGAUGGCCCUGAAAAGAGAAUUAGCCCAGAACAAGGAGUUAGCCCUAGAAAGAUCCAACAGCAGAACCCCACCUGUUGCACCACAAUUGAGUUCAUAGUCUUGAAUUAUUUGAGUUUGAUUCACCCACCUUUUUUUACACACAAUCUUGAUUAAACCUUUAUAUGUCAUUUGUGGGAAAGUCCUACGUGACUUUAGUCAGGAGAGCUUCCAAUUUCUUUUCUUCCAAGACCUUGGUUUUGCGAUGUUAUUUUGUAUGUUUAUAUAUACAUAUAUGCGUUUUCUCUUGAGGGAGACCUGUUAGUAUGACAAAAUUGUCAAAGUUGUACAUUUUUUUAAGGAAAGGAAUGAUAUCAGAUGAUUUUGUUUAUUUGUUAUUUCUUGCUUCCAUCAGGGUUAUUUUUUGUGCAUGCUGUAGAUUCAUUCAUCUCGUGUUAUUUUCUUCAUUUUUGGUGCUUAUUUUCCCAGCUAGUUAUCAACUUGAACUCUCUCUGCAUCCCAUCCCCCAAAAGGCAAUUUAUUUACGACAGGGUAAAUUUUGAAAUGGUGUGCUACACCAUUUUUUUUUAAAGGAUGUACUUUUGGCAUUGUUAUAUAGGAAUGUCAUUAUUUGGAUAUUACAAAGGAUUCCAAUUAUGUUUUGCAAAGAGCUUAGAGUCUGGCUUUGGAGUAUAUCAGCCAGUAUUUGAUCUCUUUUUGGAAGUUGUAACUUUUAAUCUCUUUUUGAGUAUCAUGAAUAUGGAAGUAUUCAUGGAUGAUUACUUAAUUUUAUGUACAUGGCAUGAUGCAGAAAAUGCUUCGGUAUGAUGAAACGAAGAGCUAAUGAGACACCUGCGAUACCUCAGAAAUGACUUGAAACAAAAUCAGCUUAACAUGAAAUAGGUUUUUUUGUACUUACUCCGGAUUGAGGGCGUGAUAUUUACGAUUGACAGCAGCGUAGUACUCUCACUGCGAGUCAUGAUUGUGAUGAUUAACUAAUUGAGAAUGCAAAUGAUAUGUAAUCUGUGGAUGAGGAUAUAUGUAUGUGUGGACUAAUUCAGUGUCUGAAUGUGAAUCAGUAUUUAUGUAACAAAUUUAUAUAAUAUAUAUAUCAAAUUACGAAGGGUAAUCAUGUUCAUAUGUAAUUAAAAUCCUAUGCUGUAACCCCUUCAAGCUGCCUGUUUAAUGAGAAAGAAAAAUGGUUUUAAUCUUACAGUCAUGCCUCAGAUUAUUACAACCUUGGAAUGAAAAUGACAUGGACAAUUGCUUAAAGUACUGUAUAUCAUGGACAUGAAACCAGAUUCGCUGAAGAUAUAAGGCAAUAUGAACUAGCUUAAUGUCUUGGUCUAUAAAGGUGUUUUCAAAUUCAUGUGUUGAGGAUUUAUUUGGGUAUUUUUAUUUACAUAUCACCUAUCAUGAGCUUCAGUUUAUCAUCCUUAUAAUUUGUUUUGAUUAAAACCAAAGACUUUGUUCAGUUGAACAAUGUACAGAAUUUAACAGUAGCUUUGCGUAUGACUUCAGAGAAAGUGUAAUAUAUGAAGAAAAAAGGACAUAAGAAAAAAAAGUUUGUUGUAAAUAGGAAAUCCGAAGAACUGUCGUCUAAUUAGAAAUACGAAAUGUAUCUGCCACCUGCUCCGAUGAAGCAAGUAGUGUGCUAAGAUUGUUGAUUAUGAUAAAAUGAUCUAUGAGUGUUGUUUAAAAGUUAGAAUACAUGUGAUGUUGUGAACCUUCGUUCUUAUGAUGGAAAAAAAAUGAAUAUGAAAACUACAUGUGUUGUACAGCAUUCAAAACCGUAUUUAUUCACCUCGUAGUCUAAAAUGUUAGUGCAUAUUUAAGGAAAAAGGAAAGAAACCGCAUUCUCCCGCUUUUUGGAUAAAUUUCAAAUUUGAAAUGGAGUUGAAAAUUGUGGUUCUUUCUUCUGCUAGAUUUGUGAACUAAGGAGCCAUGAACUGCUUAAAACUUGUGUGUGCUAUUGUUACUUGUUUUGUCGAAUAUAAUGUGAGUUUGUCGAUAAAAGUACACCAUUUUUCUUUUGGUUUUGCAACCCUUUGAAAAACUAUUUUCCUUGGUUCUGGUUAAAAUGUAAUGCACCUUGAUCUCCCCCCCCCCCCCCCCUCCAUGUGAUAUUUCCAAAUUGAAAAUGAUCCUAUUUGCCACACCUCCCCCACCAGAAUAGGUUAAGAAGUGAUGAUUGUUAAUUGUAGACAUCAAAGUGGUAUUUUACAAACGUAAUGCCCUUUAAUGUUAACAUGUUAUGGAUGGUACAUAUUUGCAUCCCUUUGGAAAAAUAUGGUCAAUUUUAGAAAUGGGUCUUUGUGGUCGUGUUAACUUCCAGUCAUUCAAGUAUAUUGUACUAGUUGCAUAAUAUUCUCUUGGGCCAAGACUUUUUUAGUAGUAUAUUUAUCUGCUAAUGGUGAAAUUUCAUGUUCAGUCUGUACCACAUGAUGCAUAUACCAUGCAAAAGUGAGAAUGCCCCCUGUUUGGCCCUAUUUAGUUUCAUCCAAGUAUGUUGUAAUCACAAGUGAAAUUCAUCUUUAUUUCAUUAUAGGACGUAAUUUAUUGCUCAUUUGAUGCAAAAUUCACAACGGGAAUCCUGUCUUGGCAAAAAGGGUGUUUGUUUGUAUACAUUUCAAAUACAUGUACUGUGAAAUAUACAAUGCCUGUUCAUAAUAGUUUUUAAAAUUCUUCCUUUUGAAAUGAUAAACCCUGUUAUACUUUCUAUAAAGGAGAUUCAAAACCAGUUCAAGUUUUGUAUGUUACCACCAGACAUUGUUACUUUUGUAGAUUUUCUAAAUCGUGAUCUUGUGUAGAUGGGUUGCUAUGAAGAUAACACUAUUGGAAUCACACUCUUAAGACCAAUUAGCAACGCCAGAGUCUGUCCUAGUACAGGGGAGUGUUUAAUCAGUCAUCUUGUCAGUGAUUUCAACAGUCAAAUCAUCUUUUAGCCAAUCGGAUGCAAGGAUUUCAGUAGCUUGUAACAAUUGGCAAUGGAAAUGACAGACACAAAGUUUCAUGAAAGGCAGCCCUAAAUGGAAGGGUCAUUCUCUGGUCAGGGUUGCCCUCAUUGAUUUGCUCCAACUGGUCCAUCCAACGGGAGUGUUUCAUGAAGUGAUUUGUCAAUGAAUUUUCAUUUGCAACUGUGACAAGCUACUGAAAUGCCUGAAUCUGAUUGGCUUGAUUUAACGUUCCAUCAAACCAAAUCAGGAUCGAGGUGUCGGGUAUGCAACCUGCCCUUACUUAAGUAGGCGUAUAUGUACAUUUCAUUUCAUUGUUUUUUAAUAAUUUGGACACUUGUUUUUAUUUCGCUUCAUUUCUUUUUAAUGCUGUUAACUGUAUCAAUGGAAGAUGCCCCUGGUUUAAUGUAAUUUUGAAUAUCCCAAAUGUGUUGAUAGAUUAAUCUUCAAAUAAGUUUCUGAAAGAGAGAAAACUGUUCAUCAGAGAAAACAACCCAUAGUAGAAUGGAAUUUUGUUUUAAGGGUUAAGAAAGUUUUUAUAGUUCAUUGGUUACUUGAAUAUAUGGAAUGAUAGGGCUUCUUUUUUUUUCUUUUGUGAAGUUUGAUUAACUUUGCUAAAUCAAUGACGGGCAUUUUAUACAGUAUAUAUAUAUAUCAGUGUUGCUAAUAGCACAAGUUAUUUUUUUGUUUGUUCAAUUUGUGAUUCUCAGGGAAGUUAGUGUUGUAAACUGUCAUUCACAAUCAAGGUCACAAAAACAACUGAAAGAAGAGCGAAGAACUGCCAGAUUAAUCAUUCUUUUUCUUAAUUCGUUUACAUGUUGCUGUAAUAUUAUAUAACCCGGUUUACAAAAAAUAGGCACUUGUCUGCAGUAAUCAUUUUGGAACCAAAUACUCUUCGAUUUUCAGACAUGUUACUGCAACGGUAUGUUACAGUGUUGACAUGUCAUAUUUUGAUCAAUAUCAACCGAUCAGUCAUUCAAAGGGAAAUGCUUUUCAUAAUGACAAGAAAAUCUCUGAUUCAACCCUGCAAACAAAUCGCCUGUUUUUUCAAAAUUUCUUGUCACAAAUUGCGUGUUACUUCUACUUAGUGUAAAACAGUGUCAGAAAAUCUGAUUUUUAAACAUCAGACCGGCAUUUCAUGAGAUGAUAUCAUGUUGAGAUAAUUUCCUUUCAGGAAAGAUUAUUUCAUUAAUUCUUUUUAAUGAUGGAUGUCUGUUUAGAAAGUGUGGUAUCUGGUUUGAACUCGGCAAGAGUUUGAGGUCCAUUUUAAUUGGGUGGUUGAACUCCUAAUUAUCCUACACACUGCUCUCGUGAGAAAAUCCAGAAAAAUCUGUCGACCGCAAAAUUAAUGCAUACAAUAAAUGAUAACAAACAAAAGUGGAUCGAACAGGAACCCCUUUGAAGUCAAAACAGUUUUUUUUUUUGCUUCAUAUAUCAUACCCUGGUUUUUUGACAACCAUGGAAUAUCAAAAUCACUUCGCCACUUGUCCAAACUUCCUGCGAAUUUCAUUAUGAAAAUAAAAUUUAGGGAAGCCCGGUAGGAUAGUUAUGACAGAUAAAAAGCAUAGUUGCAAACAAUGCCCUAUCUAGCUAACAUCUGCCUUUUUGGACUUUUUAUGAACUCUCUCUCUCUCUCUCUGUAUUUCUAUCUGGUACAAAUUGUGAGAUAUUGGAGUAUGUUUCCUAUCUUUUUGGAUUGGGCAAAUGAAUGGUACAUAGUGUCCAAGGCAAGUAGGCUGGCAAUUUCAUUUGCAAUAUGACAAUUUUUUUUUCUGUCAAACUUUUCCUUUUUGAUUGGAAUGGGGGGGGGGAUGAGAAAAGUUUUCAAAACUCCAGUUGGCUCCUCUCGUGAUUAAAUCAACUUUUUGAUGUCUUUAACGGCUGUAACCAAUUUCUGUCUAGUUAUUUCAUUAUGAAUGAUCCAUGCAUCUUGCUAGUUUUUGGCCUUCUUUUCCUAGUUUGUGGAAUAUCGUGGGAUUGCUGGCGCGAUGAAAAUAAAACACAAGUGGGAAAAAAUGAUGAAGAAGGGUAGACAAUCGAUAGCCCUGUUUCGGCAUUGGCCUUGAGUAUUUUAAUCAUAAUGAGAAUUCAUGAUUUUUUCUUCUCUAUCUCUUUAUAGCAGUAUCUCACUCAAACUGUCAAGUUCAUUUUUUAUGAGAAAUUAUCUGUCCAUGCUGACUUCGCAAACUAGUUCUGAUGAUAUUGCAGAAGCUCAUGCCAUAGCUCUUGAUCUGAUUUACUGGUAGAAAUUGACAUAUAUCAUUGAUUGCAAGAAUGUUAUGUUAGUUAUAGAUAAAUUAAUUUUUUCUAUGCAUAUUUGACAUCAGCACACUCUCAGUAUUAUUUUAAGUAUUUUCAUUUGAAUUGUAGAUUUCACAAUUUUUUGUAUAUUGUUUUGUAUAUUUUCUAGAGUAUUUGUAAUGGCAACAAAAAUUUGAUUUAAAAAAAAAAAGUACUCUGCACAUUUUCUCCCCACAAACAAAGCACAAUCAUUACCUAUAGUGGACAGAAUGCAUGAAGUUGUCUACUGCUAUCAUUUAAAUGAACUUUUUUUUUUAUCAUAACUGAUAAUUUGAUAUUAAGGUAAAAUAAUUAUUUGGGAUUUGUGAAUUAUUUAGGUUCAUCGGGUAUAUUUCAGAGAGAAAACAUGAAAAUAUAUCAGAAAGAGAGAGAAUAUAAUUUCUAAGAUGUUACCAAUCAAAUUCUUGUUGCUACUCAUAGAUACUGUGUGGAAAUUCAUGUUUUUGUUUCAAAAUAUUUUAUGAUUUUGUUGUUUUUUCAUCGAGAUUUGUACAUAAAAGAUUAUCAAUUUGCAGCUGGUAUAUGAGAGAUUACUAGUGACAAUUAAGUAUAUAGAUUAAAGCAAUUAUUUCUUUUAAUUCUUGCAAUAAUGAUAGCACUUACAAUGGCUUUUCGCCCUGCCCCCAAAAUCACUUUUUUUUACAUUCCACAAAGUAAAUAAAUUUGCACCCAUUUCCUUAAUAUGGCAUAUCAUUUGAUUUUCUCCAAAGUUGUAUUCAAAUAUCAGUAUUGAAUGAAACUGCCAUAAGCAAUGAAUUUGAAAAAAAAGUGGCAACAAAAUUGUUUUCUAAAAUGAAUACAAAUACAGUGUUUUCUAGAAUUAAAAUCAUUAUAGUUUUAGUCAAUGUAAAAGGCCAACUUCUUGAAAAAGUUUGUAUUUCGGUUUUCACAAGGGUUUGGCAUCAAGAUUUAGUUGCUCAACAAUGGCAUCGAAAUUUAUGGUAACAUGAUCGAUGUGCAAAAAAUGUUUCAGUUGACUUUAAAUGAAAACGUGAGCAUUUUCAGAAUGAUACCAUUACUGUAUUUUGUGUUGUAAUAGUAGGAUACUGCUUGGGUGAUAAGGCAGGCAAACCAGUUAGGAUAUUUAUCCAUUUGUCUUGACAUGUCUUGACAUGUCUGCUUCAUUUGGGGUUAAAAAGAAAAUGAUAGAAAGAGAUUAUACAGAGAAAUAAUCUCACUUCGAUAAUAAUGAAGAAAUUCUUAUCUGUCCAUAAAAGGGCAAGGUUAAUAUCUAAAGAAUAAAGCUUGCAAGUAGCAUUAACAAUGCAGCUUAACAAGAAAAGAAUUAAUGUCAUGAAAUUAGUCUAAAAGUGUUAUUCAUGUUUUCAUUGAUUUUGUCACUACAAUUCUUAAGAAUUUUUUUGGGGAAAAUAGGAUCCAGUAGCAAAACACAAUGUUGUUUUUGGUUACAAUUUGAUCACUAGUAACUAUGUCCAGACUUUGUUGGAGAAUACAACCAAUACUGUAGUUCAUGUAAUAAUGUAUGUUGCUAGUAUUUAUGACUGUUUUAUGUGUGUGAACAAUGAAAAAAAAGUAUGUGUACUCUUUUAUUUUAUUGGCCAAGACAAGGUGUAUGUUGUAAAGAUCAUAUAAAUGAGAACUAUUGCAUUAUUUGUGGUAGUAAUUACUUGGUUUUUGUCUGAAGGCUUUUGAUUUACUGGCCGUAAAGAUCCCUUGCUGUAAUUUCUUUACACGAUCGUAUGUACAUGUGUACCAAUUCACAAAUAUAUGUAUGCACUGGAGUAGAAUAUAGUGAAGCUUGUAUAUUUUAUUAUACUGAAGUCUAACAAAAUAAAUUGAGAAGAAGGAA